CGGUCGCCGUUCCCAAGAUGGCCGCGGCGCGAGCGGCCCCUGCGGCGGGCUAGGGGCGGAGGCGGAGCGCGUCACCCCCGCACUCAGGGCCCCGGCCCUCGCGCCAGGCUGCAGCUCCCUGCCCGCCACGGCCAUGCGGGGCUCCGCGCACGGAUGAGAGAAGCCGCCGCCGCACUGGUUGCCCCGCCCGCCUUCGCCGUCAACCCCGCCGCCGCCAUGGAGGAGCCGCCGCCGCCGCCGGAACCCGAGCCCGAGCCGGAGCCCGAGCGCUGCUGCGCGGCGAGGCAAGAGUGCACACGGGGGCGCUUGGCUUGCAAGACUUCCGAGUCGGACGUGGAGGAGUUUUCCGAUGAAACGAAUUCCGAGAACCUCUAUGGCACCUCCCCACCCAGCACCCCGCGGCAGAUGAAGCGCCUGUCCGCCAAGCACCAGAGGAACGCACUGGGGAGGCCUGCUAGCCGCUCCAGUUUGAAAGAAAAAAUGAAUGCAUCGACCCAGCCUCCACAUAAAGACACUGGAAAAACCGGGGAGAGUGUGGAAGAGUACAGCUACAAGCAGGAGAAAAAGAUCAGGGCGGCUAUCAGGACUACCGAGCGCGACCACAAGAAAAACGUGCAGUGCUCUUUCAUGUUGGACUCGGUUGGUGGGUCCCUGCCCAAAAAGCCGAUUCCUGACGUGGAUCUCAAUAAGCCUUACCUCAGUCUCGGCUGCAGCCACGCCAAGCUUCCGGUGUCCGUGCCCAUGCCUAUAGCGCGCACUGCACGCCAGACUUCCAGGACUGACUGUCCAGCAGACCGCCUAAAGUUUUUUGAAACUUUACGACUUCUGCUGAAGCUUACCUCAGUCUCUAAGAAGAAGGACAGGGAGCAGAGAGGACAGGAGAACACAUCUGCCUUCUGGCUUAACCGAUCGAAUGAGCUGAUCUGGUUAGAGCUGCAGGCUUGGCAUGCGGGACGGACCAUUAACGACCAGGACCUCUUUUUAUAUACAGCCCGUCAAGCCAUACCAGACAUUAUCAAUGAAAUCCUUACUUUCAAAGUUAACUACAGGAGCUUUGCCUUUGUUAGAAAUGGAGCUAGUUUUAAUGGUACUCCGGUACAAGGGCAGUGCGAGGCCCCGCACGGAACGAGGGUCACGGGCUACUCCAUGUAUCACGAGCACCUGCAGCGUCAGAGGGUGUCAUUUGAGCAGGUGAAACGGAUAAUGGAGCUGCUGGAGUACAUAGAAGCACUUUAUCCAUCGUUGCAGGCUCUUCAGAAGGACUAUGAAAAAUAUGCUGCGAAAGACUUCCAGGACAGGGUGCAGGCGCUCUGUUUGUGGUUAAACAUCACAAAAGACUUAAACCAGAAGCUAAGGAUUAUGGGCACUGUUUUGGGCAUCAAGAAUCUAUCAGACAUUGGCUGGCCAGUGUUUGAAAUCGCUUCCCCUAGGUCAUCCAAAGGCAACGAGCCGGACGACGAGGGUGACGACACAGAAGGAGAGCUGAAGGAGCUGGAGAGCAGCUCGGAUGAGAGUGCAGAAGAGCAGGUCUCCAGUCCCAGAGCCCCAGAGCCCAGGCAGCCCGCUAUCCACGCUUGCACCCUCCAGCCGCAGGCCUGCGCGCAGAAGCGGCUCGAGAGGUUGGAAUCGGAGGAUGAUUCUGUUGGCUGGGAAGCACCAGACUGCAGCACAGAAACAGGCUUUAGCAGACAUUGUCUGACUUCUAUUUAUAGACCGUUUGUAGACAAAGCACUGAAGCAGAUGGGUUUGAGAAAGCUCAUUUUAAGACUCCACAAGCUGAUGGACGGUUCCUUGCAAAGGGCACGGAUAGCCCUAGUGAAGAAUGACCAGCCCACCGAGUUUUCUGAAUUCCCGGACCCCGUGUGGGGCUCUGACUACGUGCAGUUGUCCAGGUCGCCACCUCCUUCGGAGCAGAGGUGCAGCCCCGUGUCCUGGGAGGAGCUGAAGUCCAUGGAUCUCCCCUCAUUUGAGCCCGCCUUCCGCGUCCUCUGCCGAGUCCUCCUGAAUGUCAUCCACGAGUGCCUGAAGCUGCGGCUGGAGCAGAGGCCUGCUGGGGAGCCCUCCCUGCUGAGCAUUAAGCAGGUUGGGCUGGUCCGCGAGUGCAAGGAGGUGCUGAAGGGCGGCCUCCUGAUGAAGCAGUACUACCAGUUCAUGCUGCACGGCGUCUGCGACGACCCGGAGAAGGCCGACUGCAACAUCGACGCCUUCGAGGAGGACCUGCAGGAGAUGCUCAUGGUCUACUUUGAUUACAUGAGAAGCUGGAUCCAAAUGCUACAGCAGUUACCUCAAGCAUCCCAUAGUUUAAAAAAUCUGUUAGAAAAAGAAUGGAAUUUCACCAAAGAAAUAACCCAUUACAUCCGUGGAGGAGAGGCCCAGGCCGGGACGCUUUUCUGUGACAUCGCGGGGAUGCUUCUGAAGUCCACGGGGAGCUUCCUGGAGGUCGGCCUGCAGGAGCGCUGCGCGGAGUUCUGGGCCAGCGCCGAGGACAGCUGCGCGUCAGAUGAGAUAAGGAGGUCGGUCAUAGAGAUCAGUCGGGCCCUGAAGGAGCUCUUCCACGAGGCCAGGGAGCGGGCCUCCAAGGCCCUCGGGUUUGCCAAAAUGCUGAGAAAGGAUCUGGAAGUAGCUGCCGAGUUCAUACUUUCAGCUCCAGUUCGAGACCUUCUGGAUGUUCUGAAAUCAAAGCAGUACAUUAAGGUACAGAUUCCUGGCCUAGAAAACUUGCAGCUGUUUGUUCCAGACACCCUCGCUGAGGAGAAGGGAAUUAUCCUGCAUCUGCUCGACGCAGCCGCAGGAAAGGACUGCUCCCAGGACGACGUGCUGAUCGACGCCUACCUGCUGCUCACCAAGCCCAGCGGGCACACGCAGGGCUCCGAGGAUGGCUGGGCCGCGUGGGAGGCCCCGCUGGUCAAAGUCGUGCCGCAGGUGGAGACCGUGGACACCCUGAGGAGCAUGCAGGUGGAUAACCUUUUACUAGUCGUCAUGGAGUCUUCUAACCUCAUAAUCCAGAGAAAAGGCUUCCAGCAGGCCAUCGAGGGACUCGUGACUCUGCGUCAAGAGCAGACGUCCAGUCAGCCGGUCGUUGCCAGGGCUCUGCAGCGGCUCAAGAACGAGGCACUAGAGCUUUGCAACAGAAUAAGUGAUGCCAUUGACCGAGUGGACCACACGUUCACUUCAGAAUUUGAUGGCGAGGUUGAUGAAGCCGAGUCUGUCACGCUGCAGCAGUACCACCGGGAAGCGAUGAUUCAGGGGUACAACUUUGGGUUUGAGUAUCAUAAAGAAGUUGUUCGUCUGAUGUCUGGAGAGUUCAGACAGAAGAUUGGAGACAAAUACAUAAGCUUUGCCCGGAAAUGGAUGAAUUAUGUCUUAACGAAGUGUGAGAGUGGGAGAGGUACCAGACCCAGGUGGGCAACUCAAGGUUUUGACUUUCUGCAAGCCAUUGAACCAGCCUUCAUUUCAGCUUUACCAGAAGAUGACUUCUUGAGUUUACAAGCCUUGAUGAACGAGUGCAUCGGCCACGUGAUCGGGAAGCCGCACAGUCCUGUCACAGGUUUGUACCUUGCGAUUCAUCGGAACAGCCCCCGCCCUGUGAAGGUGCCUCGAUGCCACAGCGACCCUCCCAACCCCCAUCUCAUCAUCCCAACCCCAGAGGGAUUCAGCACCCGGAGCGUGCCUUCGGACGCGCGGAGCCACGGCCCCUCAGGCGGCGACUCUGCGCCACCCAAACCCACCAGCAGUGCCCAUGACGCCAGGGGCUCCAGUGUUCCUGAAAACGACCGGCUGGCCUCUGUCGCAGCCGAGCUGCAGUUUCGGUCCCUGAGCCGCCACUCCAGCCCCACCGAGGAGCGCGACGAACCAGCAUACCCAAAAGGCGAUUCCAGCGGGUCAGCUCGGAGAAGUUGGGAACUCCGGACGCUUAUCAGCCAGACGAAGGAUUCCGCUUCCAAGCAAGGGCCCAUGGAAGCUAUCCAGAAGUCAGUCCGGUUAUUUGAAGAAAAGCGGUAUCGAGAAAUGAGGAGAAAGAAUAUCAUUGGUCAAGUGUGUGACACCCCCAAAUCUUACGAUAACGUCAUGCAUGUUGGCCUGAGGAAGGUGACCUUCAAGUGGCAAAGAGGAAACAAGAUCGGUGAAGGGCAGUAUGGGAAGGUCUACACCUGCAUCAGCGUGGACACGGGCGAGCUGAUGGCCAUGAAGGAGAUUCGAUUUCAGCCUAAUGACCAUAAAACCAUCAAGGAAACUGCGGACGAACUGAAAAUAUUUGAGGGCAUCAAGCACCCCAACCUGGUCCGGUAUUUUGGUGUGGAGCUACACAGGGAGGAGAUGUACAUUUUCAUGGAGUACUGUGACGAGGGCACACUGGAGGAGGUGUCCAGGCUGGGCCUGCAGGAGCACGUCAUCCGUUUGUACUCGAAGCAGAUCACCGUGGCCAUCAACGUCCUCCACGAGCAUGGCAUAGUUCACCGCGACAUUAAAGGUGCCAAUAUCUUCCUUACCUCAUCGGGGCUGAUCAAACUGGGAGAUUUUGGAUGCUCAGUGAAGCUUAAGAACAAUGCCCAGACCAUGCCUGGGGAAGUGAACAGCACACUGGGGACCGCAGCAUACAUGGCUCCGGAAGUCAUCACCCGCGCGAAGGGCGAAGGCCACGGGCGUGCGGCCGACAUCUGGAGUCUCGGGUGUGUGGUCAUAGAGAUGGUGACGGGCAAGAGGCCAUGGCAUGAAUACGAACACAACUUCCAGAUUAUGUACAAGGUGGGAAUGGGGCACAAGCCCCCCAUCCCGGACAGGCUGAGCCCGGAAGGAAAGGACUUCCUUUCUCACUGCCUGGAGAGUGAGCCCAGGAUGCGGUGGACCGCCAGCCAGCUCCUCGACCACCCCUUCGUCAAGGUCUGCACAGACGAGGAGUGAGCGGCCCGCAGAGGAGCCUCUCAGUCACUACUGUAUGUAAUAUUUACAUGAAGACUGCUGGGAAGCCGCGCGGGCCUCUCGGCCUUCCAGGACUGAAGACUGCACAAGUGACGAGCUCACGUCUCCUGCUGCUCCUGUUUGUGGGACCUGGCGCGGGCCUCCUGGUGGCAGUGUCCACGAGGUAAAGAAGCUACGUGUUAAGUGCCAUUUCUACUGUACACGGACCGUCGCUUCCAUCGCCCCUGAGACCAGCGACGCCAGUGUAGCAUUUGGGCCUCCUCGGUUCAGAGCGGCUGCCGUGGUAUCAGGCGCCCCGGGCCUUGUCACUCCUCUCCCGUCUGUCGCGUGCACUGACUGUGAAGCCUCCCCUCGUUGUCCUUGUCAUCGUUGUUGUUGGCAAGCCGCAGGUUUGUUACGCAAAAGGAUGAUUAAUGAAACUUAAGAAAAAGGUUCUUUUUUCAA